AUGAAAAUCACACUUAUUGUAUGUCGUCUUUUUAUUACUAUUGCCAUUGUUUUUAACGGUAUUUUUGGUGGUUUCAUGGAUGAAGCAACAAAUGUUUGUGAUUUUACAAGUUGUGUUGAGAAAUGUAGCAAAGAAUUAAAGAAACCAGGUACAAGUCCAUUAACACAAGCAUAUUGUGUUAAAAUAAAAAAGAAAAGUGAUACAUUUUUCAGAAAUAUAUUUACAGCUUAUAAUCAAAGAUGUGUAUGUACAGUACAUCCUCCACCAGAAUUUGUUGAUGAAUAA